AUGAGAUUGACCCUAACAUUCAUAAUUAUCAGUGGUAUAUCAAUACCGAUAACUACUGCAUUAAAAAUGAAAAGUGUUGGAGUAAACGGAACUGUUAUUUGUGAUGGCAAACCUGUAAAUGAUGCAUUAAUUGAGUUAUACAGCGAAAGAAAUGCUGGGAAAUCAAAUGCAGUACUUGCUAAAACAAAAACGAAUGAGCAGGGUCAUUUUAUAAUCAAAGGAAGCUCAAAAAAAGAUACGUUUGAUCCACAGUUCACUAUAAGUCACAAAUGUCGUACAAAGCUUUGCACACGUAGAGUAUUCCUUCGUAUUCCUGACAAAUAUUUCACGCUCAGUUCAAAGCCACAUGAAAUCUACGAUGUUGGUGUUAUUGAUAUGAAAAAUAAGUUCCUUACUGAAACAAAAACAUGUCCGACCUAG